CGCCUCAAUCGCCCAAAAUUUGUGCUUUACCGAUGCUAGCGUCGUACCUACAUAGCUUUAAAGGAUGCACAGGUCGAUCGAACUUGGUAGAGCAGUCUUCUCGAUAGCAGCCACCGAUCUUGAGCUUUGGCUCAGAACUUUGAUCACAAUCUCACCACAACAGCAAUGCACUGACCUUGGGCAGCAUGAUGAGGCUUCUCUGCUUGAUAUCUUGACAUCUGGCAAAGUGUGGGUAUGCCGUGGAAAUAGUCUGUACAUCGAUAUGGAAGUUACUUUCAAAGGCCAACCUGUUGCUGAAGACCAGCUUCGACAACUUUCCGAGGCCAUUCUCGUUGCACCAGUAUGGGAUCAGCUGGGUUUGCAACCAUCGUUACCACAUGAUACCGCUUCGCCGGGAAAGCUGCGAAUCACAGUCAACUACGCGUCUGGGUGCGCAGGACCUGCAACGAAACCAUGUCAUCGAGUUCUUGCAAGCACUUCCGCAGCCGACGUGCGACCGUCUGGGGGAGUACCUUCCUUAUCUCUCGACUCGAUAAUUCUAUAUGCGGAUAUCUUCCAGCUCACUCAGCAGAGGAGAGCCGCAAUUGCGAAGAGACCGAGACUCUCAGCAGACAGCAAAAGUGCAACACAGCCAACAUCUGGACGAGCUGCCGAUGACUUCGAGCAAGAAGUAUCAGAUGAGUUACUGUUGGAAGCAAAUACCGUGGCUGUGCCGCUUGCAUCGCCAUCAACCCUCAAAAGAGUGCGAGCAUCAGCUCCAUUCCUAGAGACACCCGUCCCCUCAAUGUACGAAUCACCAAUUAGGGCACUCAAAAACGGUUGGCUGAACACAACAGUGUCUGCCGUUCAGAUCGCAGCGCCAGACUCAAAGUCAGAUCUUCAUAUCGGAGACCUGGGACUACUGAUUGACGGAGCACUACGAUUGUCGGUUCUAAGUCGUAUCAAUAGUAAGAUGUUACCCGGCAUUAAACUCAAAGCAAACACGUUCGAAUUGGGUCUUGCUGAUAUCGCACCUACGUUAUGGAGACCGGGGUACCAAUCAUCACUGUCCCAGAGAGCGAUAUUCUUGCCUGUUAUUGGAAAAACCCUUGCUCAUACCACCGCGUCCAUGAAGAUCACUUCAGAAUUCUCCACUGAGGAACUGUCGGAAGUAGCAAACCCCUUGCGGUUACUACACAACGCGGACCGGGCACCGGAUUGCGGACCAAUCAACACACUGGGUGCGAAAGAUCUGGCUUCACAGAUUGCUUCGCGGCUGUGGCUGCACUUGCAGAGGAACACGCCUUGCAAGCCAGCGACUACACUGCAGUCCUUUGUACGCAGAGGCUUGCUAUUUGCACCCAAUUCUGAUCUCGACGACAUGCUGGAGCUUUCAUGGCGAGAGGAUCAUGUCGAUGACAGAUCUGGGCUUGUAACCCCUUCCGCCGUCAGUCAUGCCGUCGAGGACCCCUCUGCAGUCCCAGUGCUUUACUAUGCGACAUCGCCUCAGAGCCAAAAUCUCAGGACAGUCACAUCCGAUAAAUCCUUGGCAAUGGUUGAUGACGAAUUGCUCCUCGGAGACGAGUGUUUCGAGCCCCUGAACCCCGCCACCGAUCUCAGUAACGAAACCUCGUAGCCCCAGUCUAUUUGGCUUCAAGGUUUACAUUCCAUCAUACAUACGCAAAGAGAUUUGUUCGCCCAGAACGCGCCAUGACUACUAUCAACUCUGGAUUCACACUCGGCCGAGGUAGCCCGGCAUUUGGCGCGACCUAAUUGACUUCUCGAUGAUCCAACACGAGUCAGGUGGCUUGCAUUGUUGCA